AAUCUCUUUUUAAACAUCCUAAUCUUUGCUACAGUGGCUCCUGACAAAAAAUGGCUUUGACACAGUUUGGGUACAGUUUUGUGUGUCACGAAAAUCAAAUUCAGUUGCCUUCUCACCCUCUUCUAUUUUUGUAAAGAAAUUACUUCAGUAAUUUGGAUAUUUUAUAAGGAAGAGGUGGUCUUUUUCUAUCUUGAAAAUAAUACAACAUCCAUUUUACUUUAAAAAAAAAAUCUGUCAAGCCUGAAUAAUAAACAAAAACCCAUCAAGAGGUAGACUCCUUUCACACUGUCUUCCGGAGAAUCUUCACUUUGUUCAGAGAAAGUUUCCCAAUUUACAUAGUGAUUCUUCUUUAUGGGAGAGUUAUGUUCAUUCUCUGUUUCUCAGACCUUUUCCUAUAGAUGGGAACGGGGGAAGGAGCCCAGACGUGGCAACUCAUUCACAGGCUCCUGCCGGACCACCAUGGCUUAUGAUGGCGCCAAGAAGAAAGAAGAGUUCCUAGAGAGUCACCGAGGUGCUGAUGACGGGCUGGCAACCAGCAGGAUACAGCGAGAGAAGAAGCGCUCUUACAAGGAUCUGCUGCAAGAGGAAGACGAGGUAGCAACUCAGGACAGUGAGUUUUUUCCGGGGACAGAACCUCACAAAAAGAAGAAAAAGCACUCCUCUGAUGAGUUCUGCUACAGAGGUGUUUCACCUCUGGAUCUACCAUCAAAGAAGAAGAAAAAAGCAGCUUCUAGCCCAUCCUCAGCUGAUCCAACCAUGGAUUUACUCAAGGCUAUCACCUCACCUUUGGCCACAAGCUCAAAGUCUUCAAAGAGGACUUCUGAAAAAUCAUCUCAUUCUUCCUCUGGCCAUUCUGAAAGCAGAAAGGAGCACACCAAGAAAAAGCUGAGUGGGAGCAGUGGGGAACACUCAGUGGACGAUGGCAGCUCCCACAAAUCUAAAAAAAUGAAACCUCUCUAUGUGAACACAGAGACACUUACUCUUCGUGAACCUGAUGGCUUGAAGAUGAAGCUCAUCCUCUCACCAAAAGAGAAAAGUAGUGCAGCAGAUGAUGAUGCUUUAUCCUACUCUUCAACACCAGCAGCUGCAAAGAAAUCUUCAAAGAAAUCAGCUCGAGAUGAGCAAGGCUCAUUUCUCCUGGGUCAUGAACUGCAGAGCUUCCUGAAGUCAUCCCGAAAGAAGCACAAACCACCUUCUGACUCACAUCCGCCUUCUGAGAGUUUUGGUGCUGACACCUCCCUUCAUUCAGAGGGCCACGGAAGCGAGUAUGAGAUUCCAGGUAUGGAAGCACCACCAGAAUCUGGUUCUUCUUCUGGUGGAGAGUUGGAGGCUGGAGAGCUAGUGAUAGAUGACUCCUACCGGGAAAUCAAGAAGAAGAAGAAAUCAAAAAAAAGUAAGAAAAAAAAGGACAAGGAGAAACACAGAGAGAAGAAGCACUCUAAGUCUAAAAAGAGUUCUGGGCAUUCUCCUGUGGCGGUAGCAGAAGUAAGGGUGUCACCACCACCUCCCAGUACCCCCUAUGUUGUUCCUCCACCUCCUGCUGUUUUUCAUUCAGAUGGUCAAGGUGAGAAAAGGAGGAAAAAGGAAGACAAGGAGAAAGACAAAGCUGAAAAAUGGGAAAAGGAGAAGGAAAGAGACAAAGAAAAGGAAAGAGACAAGGAAAAGGAAAGAGAAAAGGAAAAGGAGAGAGACAAAGAAAAGGAAAGAGACAAGGAAAAGGAAAAAGAAAAGGAAAGAGAAAGAGAAAAAGAAAGAGAAAAAGAAAAAGAAAGAGAAAAAGAAAAGGAAAGAGAAAAAGAAAAGGAAAGAGAGAAGGAAAAGGAAAGAGAAAAGGAAAAAGAAAGAGAAAAAGACAAGGAAAGAGAAAAGGAAAGAGAAAGAGAAAAACCAAAGAAGAAAAACAUGUCUGCCUAUCAAGUGUUUUGUAAGGAGUAUCGUACAACUAUUGUGUCUGAGCACCCUGGAAUAGAUUUUGGAGAGCUAAGUAAAAAACUGGCAGAAGUGUGGAAGCAGCUACCUGAGAAGGACAAACUGAUCUGGAAACAGAAAGCUCAGUAUCUCCAACACAAGCAGAAUAAAGCAGAGGCCACUACUGUGAAGAGAAAGGCAUCAUCUUCAGAUGGUGCACCAAAAAUGAAAGCUUCUCCAACAGGAGUGAUUUCCCCUCAUAAGAAAUCCCCCACAAGCACCGUGGUGGUGCCUUCCUCACCAGCCAAAGCCCCUGAGACAGAUCCUAUUGAUGUAGCUGCACACUUACAGCUGCUGGGUGAAUCCCUGAGCCUCAUUGGACACAGACUGCAGGAAACAGAGGGAAUGGUGGCUGUUUCAGGAAGUUUGUCAGUACUUCUAGAUUCAAUCAUCUGUGCUUUGGGCCCGUUGGCAUGUCUGACCACACAACUGCCUGAGCUGAAUGGCUGCCCGAGGCACGUUUUGUCAAACACACUAGACAACAUUGCCUACAUCAUGCCUGGACUUUGAUGGGAAAGGAUCCUGGGAUGUACUCAACCUCUGCGUAACUGAUUUGUGUACAUAUGCACUACGCGGCGCUCCUGAAGGGCUCCAUGUGGAGGCUUUUAAAGUUUUAUAUGUGUAUAGUGUAUACAUAGGAUUGUAACUAUUUGACUUCUAUUUUAUGAAAAGUUGUGAAAUUAAGCUGAGAAAACCCUUUUGUGUCAGUGGGUGAAAUGUCCUCCAAUCUGAAAGUACUUUGUAUGAAGAAUUCAGAACACUUUUGAGAUACUUGCCUUAAUUUCAGAUCCUUUAGUGGGGGAAGCAGGCAGAGAAUGGACUUCUUGAUGUAAAGAAGAAAGCUGUCACCAUGAGAAAGGUGUCAUCAUUGAAACCGUUGGCCCAGAGGGGUUCUUGACUCUCCAUUCUUGACGGUUUCAAAAACUGAAUGAGCAGCCUCCUCUAGCUGGACUUUCUUUAAGCAGGGAGAUGGACCAGAUGACCUCCUGAUACCCCUGCCAGCCUAAAGUAUUCUGAUAUUCUAUGGGCAGAUAGAGAUGGUAAUAUAUUUUGGACCAAGGAAUAGAACUGAAUUCUUCACCAGCCCUAUUUGUAACUCUUUUUCAGUUUAAAAUCCACUGCUUGAGGGGAAAGCUGGAUAGCUGAUUAAA